AUGGCAGCCCGCGCUGGUAUUUCCAACACCGUUUAAUGGAGUGCACUCGCGCAUUUUGUGUUUUUUAAGUUGUUUUUGAACUUUUUUCAAUUUAAUGUAGCGUUGCAUUGUAUUUAACCUAAGAAAAACAUUAGUAGUGAUAUUUUAUUCAAGUUUUAUAGUUAGUGAUUUGUUUUUUAUUGAGAUAUAAUCAUGGAGCAACACGAUAUGCCAUAUGAAGAAUUAGUACCAGAUUAUGAAAAUUUCCAUGACCAGGAUUUGAUGCUAAGCAUGGAAAAUAUGGAGACAUACGAUAUCAACUUGAGUGAUAUUGUUAAUCAGGCUGCUUUCCUGCCGUCCCCUGGUUCGGACACCAUGGAUAUUGCAUCCAAACCCGUGGUUGAAUUCCCUUUCUCUCCGCGAGGUCCACCAGCGCGCCUCUCUUUCCCCGGGAACCUCAACUUCACUUUGGAAGUCAACAGCAAGGAUGUUCAUAAGAAAACCUUCUUGUACUCCCACCGUCUGAACCGUAUCUACGUGGACAGAAAGUGUAACUUCAGCAUCCAGUUCAACUGGGACUACGUUAAUGCUCCACAAAUGUUCGUGAGGUCCACCGUCGUGUUCUCGGAUGAGGCGCAGGCGGAGAAACGAGUGGAGAGGUGUGUUCAACACUACCAUGAGAGUUCUACGGCUGGUAUGCAAGCGGAAAUGGCAAAGAAUGUCCUCCACUCAUCCCGAGACAUCGGCACCCAGGGUGUGUACUACUGCGGGAAUAUAGAUAUGGCAGACUCCUGGUACUCCGUGCUGGUGCAGUUCGACAGAAACGGACCGGAGCCCUGCACCCACGCUUACCAGUUCUCGUGCAAGAACUCGUGCGCCACUGGUAUCAAUAGGCGAGCUAUCGCCAUCAUUUUCACCCUGGAAGAUAAGACCGGACAAGUCUACGGUCGUCAGAAAGUAGGUGCCAGGGUGUGUGCCUGUCCCCGCCGAGACAUGUCGAAGGAUGAGACAGCUGAGGGUGUCUACAAGAGUGGCAAGAAACGUAUCCCGUCCAACCAGAUCGACCCGCCCAAGACUAAGAAGAUCAAAAUCGAGAACAACUUGAUGGAAUUUGAUGAUAAAGUCUACAAGUUGCCGCCGUUGGAAAUCGUUGGAUCCCGAGCAGCAUUGUGCGGCCUCAAAACUAUGCUGGAAAUGAUGGAGCUCGCGGUCGAAUGCAGGAAGAAGAACGAGCCAGACAUCACAGCACAGUACGCGCCACGCAUUGCCAACCUUAAAGCCGCCAUACAGAAGAUCGAAAAUACAAAAGCACCGCCAGCACCGACAGGACCGACAGCACCGUCGUCACAGUAACUUGUACCUUAUAGAAGUAAGAUGUUCUUAUUUAGUUAUCUACGUUAGAAUUAUUAUUAUUAUGUUUGUAUUUCUGAUUUCCAAGUUUAUUGACAUUUAAUUUUCAUUUUGUAUGUGAUCAUUUUCGUUUCGAUCACAAUUUUCGUUUUUUAAGUACAGUGAGAGUACAUUAAUUGGUGCCAGUCGCAUUUUUAUAUUUGCAGUGUAUUUGAGGUGGAUGAGAUAUAGUUUUUCUGGUUUUUAGUUCCAAAGAAUAUUGUGAGUUUCUCGUUGCAUAUAAAUAGUGGCGUAAGCUCUUUUGAUGAAUAUAUACCAAAUUCAACACAUUCGUUUAACUCCUGACAUUUAAGCUAGUAUGACUGACUUUCCCCUCGAGCGCCGCUAACCGAAAACUCACUGCACUGCAAAUAUACAGUAACUGAAUUAUUUUCUCAUCCACACCGUUAUAGACAUUAUUUCCGAAGUUUAGAGACUACUUUUGUAUUAACAAGUUUACUAAUUAAUCAGGAAAAAGUUAAAUACUGGCACUUUGAAGUUACCUAAAAAAAUAGACAACAGUUUGGUCCCACCCUUUAUACAUAUGUAUUUAUAAGUGUUAGACAAUAUACCGUUGAGAUUACGAAGCCGACGAGCUUUAACUUACGACCGAAUACUCAAACUACACUCGAUCCUACGCCAUCUUUGUUUUAUUAAAAUGCAACAACAAAUUACACUAUGUUUAGUGAAGUUUGAGUAUUUGCUCGUUAAUCUUAGUUCCCUCCAAUUUAACAGAUAUAGUUGAGAUUACGCACAAACCAGGAGUUUUAAAUUACUAGGUACAGGCUAAUGACAAAAGCGAAUUAUUUCUUAAAAUAUAUUUUUGCAAGUUUAAAUACCUACUUUUAAUGCUAACAUACUUUUGUCAUUGACUGUACCUCUAUUUGGCUGCCCACCGAAAAAAAUCGUGACGUCAUUCAAUCACGAAGCUUCUGAUUUGCUAAACUUUUUAAUAUUCUGCCAUUAUUUAUUGCGCAUUGUGAGUUGUCCUCAAAAUAUGGUAGAAAACAUCACCGGAGCUAUAUAUGAUACAUACUUACAAUUUAUUACUUACGAAGCUCUUUCAUACAUUUCAUAUUAUUACGUUUAUCUGAAUUCUAUGGACAUACAAAUACUCAAAAUAAAGAUUUGAAAAAUAUUACACUUCACAAAAUGUAAUAAAGCAAAAAUAGUACAUUCAUUGGCUAUAAAAAAGACUGAUAUAAUAUUUUAUUUCAAUUUGGUGGUGGACUUAACAGUAUCGCAACAAAAUUAAUUACAAAUUUUAACGUUUUAAUUUUUUUUAAAGUCCACGGCAUAAAUGAAUUCUGCAAUUACACUUGUCAAUUAAAAAAUUCUAUUUUUUUUAAACAUUGCUUACUUAUUUAUGUCGCGGACUGUACUUUGUAAAAUAUAGUUAUAUGAUUAAAAAAACGGUAAAAUUAUAAAAAAAAAUUGCUUAUUGUUAAUUUUUCUACUUAAUUUUUGAAGUUCAUUUUUGUUUUUAGAUUAUCAUGUUAGUCACUGCUAGUGGGUAAGGUUUUCAUACCAAUAUGUGUCUUAUUUUUAUGUAUUGUUGAUACAUUUUACAUAGAUACAUAAUAUUAAGAAUUAUAUUUUUCUAUGAAUGUUUAUGUGAAGUCGUAUAGUUGGGUAGAAACCCAGGUUUUGAUUUUGUUGAUCUGUUUUUAAAAUGGCUUCUGUAUUAUUCCAGUAUCAUGAUUAUAAGAUAUCCCAGUACAUUAUACAGUCAUAUUUUGUCCUCCAGUGCCUUUUUGGAAUAAAAUAGACACUAUGACUUCAAAAUUACGUAAUAAAAAUAUUUGCUGUUAUUUUAUCUUAUGUGAUUGUUAAAAAAAUGCUUGAAAUGUUAAUGUUUUCGAAUGGAAAGAGAUAUUGCACUGGUGGUUGGAUUCUGUGCAAUUUUAUGAAGGUGCUAUACUAUUAUAGCAGAUGAUCCUCCUUUUUGCCUAACCACAGAUUGGUUAGAUAUAUUUUUCCACUAUGAUACUCUGUGGUUACUUAAGUACAAUAACGUUGUACGAUUAUGAAAGAUUUUAAUUAAUUUUAGAUACGCAAAUUGUCUUUAAGUUUUAUAAGUAGUUUUUAAGUUUAAUUUUUCAAGA